GGGGGGAGGAGGAGGAGAGGAGGAAGGUGGCUUGGAGGAGCGCCGCCAUUUUGCGAGGCGAGACGGGUGGCUCGGUGGUCGCGAGCCCCGGGGAAGCGCUCGCCAGGUCAACAACACACAUCGAUCGUGGUGCAAGCUUUUGAGGUCUAGGAUCUUGUUUUCUCUGGGGAUUGGAAGGGCAGAUCCUGCGAAACGCUGGCUUCCAAGCGGAAACGUUGAAACGGGAGCUAAACGGCCAGGAAAUAAGUCAUUAUAAUUCACUUCUUAUGACCUUCUGGAAUGGCAAUUACCCAUUGAAGGGUUUGUGCUAGAAGAUUCCUGAGGCGUUUGUACUUCACAGAUAGCAAUGGAGUAUGAAAGAAGAGGUGGCCGUGGGGAUCGGACAGGUCGAUAUGGUGCUGUUGAACAGAUUCAGGAUGAAAACUCAGAAGGCCGGAAUCAGAGGGACCAUGAUUACAGAGAUAUGGAUUAUCGAUCCUACAUGAGAGAUUUCAACAGCCAGGAACCUGCUAAUGAUUAUGAUGAUUCCUCUGAAGAACACAGUGUGGAGGAUUCUUAUGAGGCCUCCUCCGGAUCAGAGACACAACACAGAAAACGAGAUAGCCCAAAUGAGCAUUUGGGCUUUCCUGGUGAUGGUGAUUACCGGGACCAAGACUAUCGGACUGAACAAGAAGAAGAAGAACAGAAGGCUAGCAGUAUCAUUAUGCUGAGGAUGUUACCUCAAUCUGCCACUGAGAGUGAUAUCCGGGCUCAGCUGCAGGCACACGGAUUCCAGCCCCGUGAGGUGCGACUGAUGCGAAAUAAAGCCUCAGGUCAGAGCCGGGGCUUCGCCUUCGUCGAGUUUAAUCACUUGCAGGACGCUACACGAUGGAUGGAAGCCAAUCAGCAUUCACUCACCAUCCUUGGUCAGAAAGUUUCCAUGCACUACAGUGACCCUAAACCGAAGAUCAAUGAGGAUUGGCUCUGCAGCAAGUGUGGAGUUCAGAAUUUCAAGCGCAGAGAGAAAUGUUUCAAGUGUGGCAUUCCCAGAUCUGAAGCUGAGCAGAAGCUACCCCCUGGCGGUCGCUUAGAUCAACUAGUGGCGUUAUCAGGGCGUGAACUUAGCCAAGGCCUUCUGCCUCUCCCGCAGCCAUACCAGGUGUCAGCAGCUCUGUCCACUCAGCCUGUGGCCCCCAUAUCUGAACCAUGUGCAGAGAAUGCUAAUGACACCAUUAUCUUGCGAAACCUGAAUCCACAUAGCACAAUGGACUCCAUCUUAAGUUCUUUGGCGCCAUAUGCAGUUCUCUCCUCAUCGAAUGUCCGUGUCAUUAAAGACAAGCAGACACAGCUCAAUCGUGGUUUUGCUUUCAUUCAGCUCUCUACUAUUGUGGAGGCAGCUCAGUUGCUGCAGAUCCUUCAGGCCCUGCAUCCACCACUAAACAUUGAUGGCAAGACAAUUAAUGUGGAAUUCGCAAAAGGUUCCAAACGGGACCUAAGUUCAUCAGAUGGAAACCGCAUUAGUGCUGCUUCGGUAGCCAGCACUGCCAUUGCAGCUGCGCAGUGGGCUAUCUCACAGGCAUCACAGGGCCGAGAGGCCUCAUGGGCUACCCAGGAUGAGCAGUCUGCUGAUUAUGGUUAUUACCAGCAUGAUGAACCUUACAGCGCUCAAGAAGCCACAGCAUACUCGCAGGGGGGAUACCUGAAAGGAUCCCAGUCUCAGUCUGGCUCUUCUGGGACAGCAGCUGUUGGGAAGGCAGACAAGAUCCAGGGGGAGGGAUCAGUAGCAGCUGACGGAUCACAGGAACCUGGUGUGCCAGGUAUUGAUCCAAUGCCUGUCCUACCAACUUUUCCUCGUACCACCCAGAACGCAGCUGUAACAGCCACGUACCAGGCCAGUGGAAGCUCUGAAGGGGCAAGUCCAGCCCAAGGAAAUGCUGCUGUUGCUCAGUCAUACACCAUAGUUUCACCCGCUGUAUUGAAGCCCGAUGUGCCUAAUGCUGCCCAGCUCUCCAGUGCAACUCCUGGCAUGUCCACCAGCAGUUCCAGUUUGCCAACCAGCUCUGCUGGACAGGAACCUUACACACAAUACCCUGUCCCAGAUGUCUCCACGUAUCAAUAUGAUGAAAGUUCUGGCUACUAUUACGAUCCUCUUACUGGGCUCUACUAUGACCCUAAUUCCCAGUAUUACUACAAUGCUCAGAUGCAGCAGUAUCUGUACUGGGAAAGUGAGAGAUGCACUUACAUCCCAGCCUCAGAACAGGCGGCUGACAGCUACAAGGAUGGUAGCAGUUCAGGAGGUGGCAACAAAGAGGGAAAAGAGAAAAAGGAAAAGCAUAAGACAAAAACAGCCCAGCAGAUUGCAAAGGAUAUGGAACGCUGGGCACGCAGCCUCAAUAAACAGAAGGAGAAUUUCAAAAAUAGCUUUCAGCCAGUCUCCUCCAUACGAGAGGAUGAAAGGCGGGAAUCAGCCACAGCUGAUGCUGGCUAUGCUAUCCUUGAGAAGAAGGGAGCACUGGCUGAGAGGCAGCAUAGUAGCAUGGAUUUGUCCAAGUUUACUGGUGAUGAUCGGCUGAGUCCACCUCGAGGCUUAGUGGCUGCAUACAGUGGUGAAAGCGACAGUGAAGAGGAACAAGAGAAGGCAGCUGAUCGGGAGGAGAAAUUAACUGAUUGGCACAAACUGGCUUGCCUGCUUUGUCGUAGACAGUUUCCCAGCAAGGAGGCUCUUAUUCGUCACCAGCAGCUAUCGGGCUUACAUAAGCAAAAUUUGGAGAUUCACCGACGGGCACAUUUGUCAGAGCAAGAGCUUGAGGCCCUUGAAAAGAAUGACAUGGAGAUGAAGUAUCGAGAUCGUGCAGCUGAGCGAAGGGAAAAAUACGGUGUUCCUGAGCCACCAGAACCCAAGAAAAGAAAAUAUUCAGCUGUGACCCCGGCCACGGUGGAUUUUGAACAACCAACACGAGAUGGACUGGGAAGCGACAAUAUUGGCAGCCGCAUGCUGCAGGCCAUGGGUUGGAAAGAAGGCAGCGGGUUGGGUCGCAAGAAACAGGGCAUUGUAACCCCUAUUGAGGCCCCAACUCGAGUACGAGGGUCUGGCCUUGGCUCCCGUGGCAGCUCUUAUGGGGCUGUAGCAUCAGAGUCGUACCGGGAAGCAUUGCACAAGACAAUGCUCACUCGUUUCAACGAGUCAGACUGAACUUUGUAAGAAGCACCUCCUGUACAGUAUUUUGCUGCUGUCUCCCCUUACUCCCCCUGCCUUCCAACUUUCAGAAUGUUCUUUUGGUUGACUUUUUUUUUAAUUAAAUGUUCAAAUGGACAAGGA